CAUGGUGGAUUAAAUCUUGCCUGUUGGUCAAAGCAGAGUGUUUCUUUGCCCUUUAGUUCCAUCCAAUUCAGCGUUUCUGUUGCAUUUUGGGUUCUUCCAUUCUUGCCGUAAGCACCUUGACAAUGGAUCAUUAUCACUGAAAGAGUUGCACAAUAUGCAUAUAUGUUUCGCACUUUUGAGAUUAGCAUUGGAGAGGUUUUACCUUGAAAGGAUUCAUCAUAGAGCUGUUUAGGCUAUUCCUCUUGAUUUUAUUUAACCUACAACCGUCUGUCAGUAAUUGUGCUUAUGUAUGAUAGUCGGAUUCUUGCUGAUUGGAAAGUGCUUCGCAUUGCAAGGAUUCAACCCCAGAAUCAAGGUUUUGACUUAGUGGGUGGAAACUUGGCUAAGCUCUUGUUUGUUUCUGUUUAUCUCUAUAAAGAUUUUACUUUAGCUAAUACAUAUAGUAUAUCUGAUGAAGUUAAAGGACAGGCAUUCCCUAUGGUUGCAAAUUGUCUUCAGCAUCAUAAACCUUGGGUUUUCAGUUUUCUGCCUUUUGACCUUAUUCAUUUGCUUCAUCCACUUCAGCUGAUAUACUUGUGUUGCUUAGUUACAGUGAAGAUGCAAAGAAAAGAUGGUUUCCAAGAAGUAAGGAUUCUACAGAUGUUGAGAGGGCUCCUCAUGUUCCCAUUCGGCUGAAGAUUUUUAACUACAAGAUAUUUGCCUUCAAAGCUGUGCUCAUUGUUAGUCUUUUGGGAUGUAUUCUGACUAUCUUCCACUCUCCAGCAGUUUACAAUACAGAUCCGUCCUUCCGAUUUUAGAUCUCAGUAUUUAUUUUGCCUUCCUGCCUCGUUUACUUUUACUUCCUGGUUUGAAUUUGAACACAUAGUAUUCUAAAUUCUGAUAGUUUCCAUUGAUAGAAAAAUAAACAAUUACUGCUCUU